ACAAUGGUUCGUGUUGUGCGUGGGUCCAACUUGGAGUUCGAGCGUUUUUGAGAAAAGUAUUUAUUUUGACAAUAAAACUAGUAACUGUGUUAUUUAGGCGUAAACUGUUUUUUCGUUAUCAUGCUAAUUUCGUUGCAAGGAGUGUCAUACCUUCGUAAUAAAAAUUGCAAUGAAGCAACGUACAGAGAUCCCCAAGAUGCUUAAAAAGUAAAUUCCAAAAGUGAAACAAAUCUAGAUGAUGUCGAAUUCGCAAAAGGCGUCACUCGCACGUCUAUUUGAGCGAACCCAGAGACCGAGCUUCGGGAAAUUUAGUCUCAUUUUAUUAUGGCUCUCGCUUUCGUGGACUGGUUCUGCGUCAAAUGUGGGCAUGUUCGAUGGUUCGGACCAAAAUCAGUGCCCGGUUGAAUGUGCCUGUUUAGGGAACGUUGUGGAUUGCAGUGGGUUACAAUUGAUUGGAGCACCGAGCGGACUGCCACCAUGGACCGAAAUCCUCGAACUUAAAAACAACAAUAUUGCCAAUCUGGAAUUCAAUGCACUCCUCCACUUGCCCAAGCUUAAAGAGUUGGACCUGAGUGCAAACAAACUUAAGGACAAUUUUACGAUUUCACUGUCCAAUAAAGCUCAAUUGCGUGCGCUUAAACUCAAUAAAAAUCAGUUGACGCAAGUGCCACCGUUUUUAGAUCUUCCAAAUCUGACGCACCUAAGUUUGUCCCACAAUUCAAUUAGCAGGAUCAAUGGAACGACUUUAUUAAACUUCCCAGAACUGCAGCAUUUGGACUUUACUGGCAAUAAAAUUGCAAUGAUACAACACGGCUCGUUUAUUUUGCCGAAUCAACUGAGAACACUAAAUUUAAAUACUAAUCAAAUUAGUAUAAUCGAAAACGGAAGUUUUAAAAAUUUAACUUUGCUCGAAGAACUUCGUCUGAAUAAAAAUCGUCUUACACAUUUGAAAGAUCAGUUCAUAAGCCUUGAAAAACUGCGCAUUUUAGAACUAAACAGAAAUGAGGUGAAGCAAAUUAAAGCAUUCAGUUUCAACGAUUUAAAAAGCUUGGAAGAUUUGCGAUUAAAGAGAAAUAAAAUUGAGACCCUGGAUGAUGGUGCUUUCUGGCCUCUUAAAAAGUUGAAAAUUCUUCAACUUGAUUUUAAUAUGUUGACUGUGGUGAAAAAAGGUGGCCUCUUUGGCUUGGAAAAUCUCGAGAAACUGACAUUGUCUCAUAAUAAAAUAAAUAGUAUUGAGUCUCAAGCGUGGGAAUUGAAAAAAGAAAUUAUAGAAUUGGAUCUGUCCAAUAACGAGUUAACGUCUAUUGAACGAGGAACUUUUGAGUAUCUGGGGAAACUAGAAAGACUUAAAAUGGAUCAAAAUAAAGUGACUUACAUCUCGGAAGGGGCAUUCAAUAAUACACCAAAUCUGCAAGUUUUAGACCUUAACUCAAACAAAAUAUCGUACAUGGUAGAAGAUAUUAAUGGACCUUUCGUCCCGCUGGCGCGACUUGUUAAACUGGGACUUGCCCACAAUCAAAUUAAAUCCAUUAAUAAAAAUGCCUUCAAUGGUUUAUCUGAAGUUACGGAAGUGGAUUUAACAGGCAACAAUAUAACGAGUAUUCAGAAGAAUGCUUUUCUCUCAAUGCCCAAUCUGAUGAAACUAAAGAUGAAUACUGGAGCAUUGGUUUGCGAUUGCGCACUGCAGUGGUUUAGUUUAUGGUUACAAACUCACAGACAAAAUGAUGCAAAAGUUCAAUGUGGAUAUCCACAUUGGUUACAUGGAAUGUCAUUAAUGCAUCUCCACCAUGCAAAUUUUACUUGCGAUGAGUAUCCGAAGCCCAGGAUUAUAGAAGAUCCCGCUAGUCUGAUGAGCAUCAAGGGCGACAAUAUUUCGCUUGUUUGUCGUGCUACAAGUACAGCCAAUGCACCAUUAAAUUUCACGUGGAAGCACGAUAACGUCGAAUGGGAUUCGAGUUUCCAAACUGACAUUGCAAGUUCGGAUCGCGGUAUCACUGAGGCCUCUUCUACUUUGCACAUUACAAAUGUUACUCAUUCUAAUGCUGGCAAAUACCAAUGUAUGGUCACGAAUAAUUAUGGCACAACGUAUUCGGCUAAGGCGAAAAUUAGUGUUUUAAUUUAUCCAUCAUUUUCUAAAAUCCCACGAGAUAUUCGAGUCACGGCGGGAAGUACUGCUCGUCUUGAGUGUUCAGCAGAAGGAUUACCGACUCCGCAAAUAGCUUGGCAGAAAGAUGGUGGAAAUGAUUUUCCUGCAGCUAGAGAGAGGAGAAUGCACAAAAUGCCGACCGAUGAUGUUCUUUUUAUAAUCGAUGUCAAAACAGCUGACAGCGGACUUUAUUCAUGUACUGCACAAAAUUUAGCUGGAAUGAUUGUUGCAAACGCUACUCUCACCAUUCUAGAAACACCGUCAUUUAUGAAACCGAUGGAAAACAAAGAAAUAAUGGCUGGAGGUUCCAUUGUACUUGACUGCCGAGCUAGUGGUUCUCCGCGACCAAAAAUAUUGUGGCGCAAAAGUGGGAGUCCACUGCAAGCCACUGAACGUCAUUUCUUUACUGCUGAGGAUCAGUUGCUGAUUAUCGUGAAUACAGUAGCAAGCGAUGCUGGAGACUACGAAUGUGAGAUAAGCAAUUCUCUGGGAAGUGUGGUUGGAGCUUCUCAUCUCACAAUAAACCCUGCGCCAAGUUCAAUGGUAAAUGAAGACAUGCUCGGCCUGAUAAUUAUUACGGUGGUGUGUUGCGCGGUAGGCACGUCUAUCGUAUGGGUUGUCAUAAUCUAUCAGACAAGACAGCGCCUAAAUGCUUCUCAUAAUGCGACUAGACAAUCGCUAUCGACAGCUGCACCCGUUAUGCUGGAAACACAGACUCACCUGGAUUUGGACACAAGUUCUCAACACAGCAAGGACAGUGGUACUGGCGACAGUACGAAUCCCAGCAGUGAUCAACUGCAGUUAUGUUUGCCUGCGGAAAUAGUCACCUGUUCAAUUAAUAAUGAAGAAGACGCUGAAGCAGCUAAUGGGGAAAAUCCUCUUUUGCGAUAUACAAACCAUGAGCGACACAUAAAUGAACACGAUUAUGCUAACUAAAGCAGAAAUGUGAGUAAUGAUUAUAAGAAUUUACAGUUCUGAAAAUCAUCCAGAAAAGCACAGUAUUUAUGAAUUUUUUUUAUAUUAAAAAACAAAACAAAAAAACAUUCGUAUGCCCUUCGAUUUAACGAAAAGAAAAUUGACAGAUUUUUCUCAAAAAUCUAUUUUCGAAGUCAUAGAGAAUUAAAUAUGCGAAUGCAGAACAUCUGACUUGUAUGAAAUAUUAUUUGAUAAUUAUAUUUCGGAGCUCAAUGUGCCUAAAAAAAAGUGCUUUUUUUAUGAGCUUAUAUACAUGCAAUAUGUAUUUAUAAGAAAACAGAAGGAUAAUGACUUACAAUUCAAGGAAGUGGCAAAUACUCAUUCGAAAAAUUCAAAUUAUAGGUUGAUCAAUUAAAUCCUAAAUUUUUUUUUUAAUCUUUUAUCUCGUCACAGCUGAAAAUAUUGAACUGAAUUGAAAAUAUUUGCAUCUUACAACCAUCAUUAGUUUAUUACUGAUGUUUGAAAAAUAUUUACUGAAUGAAUAUUGAGUGUGAAGCUAUAAUGAGUACAUAAUUCUGGAAAAUCAAGUUACAUUGUCCAAUUGUAAAUAGUAAAAUAGAAUAAGAAAGUAGAGAUUUACCAGUGUCUUAUAGUGAAACCUGCCAGAAUAUGGUU